UAUCGAUUGCUCCUGCAUCCUCUGCACAAGUACCCGGGCCCUUUCGUCGCCAAAUUUACAGACCUUUAUGGUGUUUAUCACGCCGCGAAACUCCAGCUCCAUUUGACUACGUAUAGUGAUCACCAAAGAUAUGGAUCAGUCAUCCGUCAAGGACCAAAUAAACUUGUCUUCGCUUCUGCAAAAGCAAUGCAUGACAUACUUCAGAAUGACAGACUUCCCAAAUCGAGGGCAUAUCUCGUAACACAAGCAAGCCCGACAGUGUUUAAUCUUUUCAACGUCAUCGAUAAACGCCAGCAUCGCACAAAGCGUCGCAUUAUUGGACAAGGCCUGAACGAACGGGCAAUGCGACGAUUCGAGCCUGUCAUGGCAGAGCACAUCGAAACUUUCCUGGAUCAACUUGGGAAAGCCUCAGACACCAACGAAAAACUAAACAUGACUCAAAGGUGUUGCUGGCUCGGCCUUGACAUCAGUGGUGAAAUUGGUUUUGGACACAGCUUUGAAUUACAGACGAACGAAAAGAAUCGUUGGAUGCCCGGAGGUAUCUCAACUUCUAAUCGCAGGCUCAAUGUGUAUUUACAGUCCCCUGUCUUGAAAGAUAUUGGCUGGGAGAGGUUGUUCCUCCCAAUCAUUUUACCGAAGGUAAUGCGAUUCCAUUAUAUGGUCCGAGAUAUGAUUCGCGCUCGCCUUAAAGAGGAUACACACUCAAGACCCGACCUCCUCUCGGCCAUUCACGACUUCAAAGACCCAGAGACAGGGUCAAUAAUGAGUAGACGAGAGCUUUGGUCCGAGUCGACCUUUCUCAUACCAGCUGCAGGUGAUACAACAGCUUCACUUUUAGCAGCGAGCUUCUUCUAUCUUUCGCGAUAUCCAAAAACGUAUGAUAGAUUAGCUAAAGAGAUCCGUGAAAGUUUCUCCAGGGCUGAGGACAUUACGAAUGGCCCAAAAUUGGCGGCUUGCCAAUUUCUUCGUGCAUUUAUCGAGGCAACAUUGCGAAUUAGCCCGCCGUCAAAUACGACACUCUGGCGCGAUGUCCCAGCCGAUGCCGGAAAUACACCAGUUAUCGUGGACGGCGAUGUAAUUCCUACAGGCACACAGAUCGGCGUAAACGUCUACUGCAUGCAUCGCAAUCCAAUCUACUUUACCAAGCCGAAUGUUCACAGCCCAGAGCGAUGGAUAAGGGAGGAAGCGAACUUAACGGAUGAGCAAUGGGAACUCCAACUUGAAGCAUUUAUGCCCUUCUCUCUUGGUGCUCGCAAUUGUGCCGGCAAGGCUGUAGUUUAUCUUGAAGUUCCUCUUGUCUUGGCUAGGACCCUGUGGCAUUUCGACUUCCAGAGAGCAGAUACAACAGCCGAACCACAGCAUCCUGAAUUCGAAAUGUGGGAUCAAAUAGGAUCAAGACACGACGGACCAUUGUUGCAUUUCUAUCGCAGAAACGUGCCAUUGUAA